AUGGCCACCACCGCUGUCGUCAACCUUUCGCCCUGGCCCAGCCAAAGCCAGACUGAUAAAAACGAGCAGCCACAGCCGCAGCAGCAGCAGCAGCAGCAGCAGCACCAGGAGGAAGAAGUUAAACACCCUGCUCCGGCCCUCGAGGUAAAAACUCCAGCACGGCCCACGAUCGACCUGCCGGAGAGUAUUCGCGGCUCAGACCUGCCAGAGGUCAUCCACGAAGAAGAAGAAGAGUCUGCCACCGAGCCCUCCGAGCCGGUCACCCCGACCAGCGUCUCACAUCACCCCUUCCACAGCCAUCAUCCUCGCAUCGACCCGCCCAGCAGAGAUCCGGUCGUCGACGUCCACGCCAACCCUGUCGAGGUGCUCAAGAGGCCGAUCAUCGUAAAUACCGAACCCACGCCCCCAUCAACGCCCGCCAAACCUUCCACUGCGGCGGUUCCUAUUUCUCCCCCUACUACUUCUUCUGCUCAGACUGCUCCAGUUCCAAUUCCUCAGCAGCGUCCUACCACUUCAGCCUCGAAUUCACAGCGUUCUUCCCCGCUGAGAAAGGCAUCCAAAUCCAUCAAGGGUAUGUUUAGACGCCCAAGUACUUCCUCCGAAGCCAUGGCGCCACCACCAACCCCGAUCAGCGGCUCGGACCCUCGAAAACUAUCUCUCAAUCUCUUCCAGCCGUCCAACCGCAAGGGAUCCGUCUCCUCCACAAACCAACACUCUCCAACUUCUUCUCGCUCGAAUUCUCCCCAGUCGCCUUCUUCUCCAUCCAGCACUCUCCAUGGAGGCCAGAACCCCAUGCUUCUCGGCGUCUCGCCAGCCGCAGAGGGCCCCUUCGCUCCCAAACGACCUAACCGCUCAUCCACCGGCCUCAGCCUCCGUGAACGAAGCAGGGUCAUGUUCGGAGCCACGCCUCGACCCCAGCGUGACGAGGACCCCCGUAUCCGCUCUCCAAGCCUAGGUGACGUCCAAAACCAGCCCGAGCGACCCGGAUUCUCUAUCCCUGCAGUCUCUGGCGCUGGCCUCAAGGCUCGCCGCAUGAGCACCAGCCUGCCCGACGACUUUUCCGUCAGCACCUGUUUACUUGGCGAUGAGUACACCAACAGCAGCAAAAUGCCCGGAAAGAGAGGUAAAGAGAUCGGCCGUGGAGCCACUGCAACCGUCAAGAUUAUGUGUCGCAAGGGAAGCAGUAAAUCCGAGUUGUUCGCAGUCAAGGAGUUCCGCAAAUGUGGCUCAAAGGAAGACAAACUCGAAUACGAGCAGAAAGUGAAAUCGGAGUUCUCCAUCGCCCAGUCCCUCCACCACCCGAACAUCGUCGAAUCCUUCCGUCUCUGCACCCACAACGGGCGAUACAACCAUGUCAUGGAAUACUGCUCGUACGGCGAACUCUUCUCGCUCGUGCAGAAGAACUAUCUCACUCCAAAGGACAACCAGUGUUUCUUCAAGCAGAUCGUUCGUGGUGUCGCUCACCUGCACGAAAAUGGUAUCGCCCACCGUGACAUCAAGCUUGAGAACCUCCUCCUCUCAGACGACGGAUACAUCAAGAUAACCGACUUUGGCGUCUCAGAGGUCUUCUCUGGUCUUCACCCUGGCCUUCGCAGCUCCGGAGGCGAAUGCGGUAAGGAGAUGGGCGACCUUCGUCUCUCUUCACCCGGUAUCUGCGGUUCCCUGCCAUACAUCGCGCCCGAAGUCCUGGCCAAAAAGGCAAGCUAUGAUCCUCGUCCGCUCGACGUCUGGUCCUGCGCCGUCGUCUACCUCACCCUCCACUUCCGCGGCAACCUCUGGCCCACUGCCAACGCCGAACACGCCAACUAUUCCCGCUUCAUCAACGGCUGGGAAAAGUUCCUUGCCACCUCGCCCACCGGCGUUCCAAGCGACGACAAACUCCCUUCCUGCGGACCCGCGUUCAAGCAGAUCGGUAACAGAAACUUCAAGACCCUUCUCUUGAAGAUGUUGCAUCCCGACCCUUCGAAACGCGCCACCAUCGCCGAGGUUAUCGGCGAUCGCUUCAUGAAGUCUGUCGAAUGCUGCUCACCAGAGGCUGGCAAGAAAGGCGUAGAGUCUCAAGAACGCGGUGGCAUUGAUGUCACCAACAAGGGAAGUUCUCGACUCGCCAGCAAGAUGGUUGUGCAGAAGAUUCACCAUCAUUUCCCGCCUCAGAAGAAAUACCUGCCUCAGUACCGCUUUGAUAUGGGUGAUGGCUAUUAA